AGAAAAAAAAAAGGAGCAUAUUUGGUAGGCUAAUUUGGAAAGCAUUUUCCUCCUGCGAAUGACGUUGCAGCGCUUUGAGCCGUCGUGGCAAAUUUCUGAGAAAGUUAUGUGGAGUAGAAGUUGCGGAUGGAGAAUUAUUCGGAGAUUUGAUACGAUAACAGCGAUCGGGAUUGGGAUAUUUGGAAGAUGGAUAUCAAGUGAAGCAUCGGGAACAAGGUUCGCAGCGGUGUGGGGUAAUGGAGACUACGGGAGGCUUGGGCUUGGGAGCUUGGAAUCUCAGUGGAGGCCUGCUAUCUGCUCUGCGUUCCGCGGCCAAAACCUUAGAGCAAUCUCCUGUGGCGGUGCUCACACUCUAUUCUUAACAGAAUCUGGCCGUGUUUUUGCCACCGGUCUUAAUGAUUUCGGACAGCUCGGCAUCUCACAGAAUAAAAGUUAUGCUACUGAGCCAGUUGAGGUUUCUGGGCUUCAGAAAGACAUUGUGCAAAUUUCUGCUGGUUAUCAUCACUCUUGUGCUGUUACAGUGGAUGGAGAACUCUACAUGUGGGGGAAAAACUCCAAUGGGCAACUGGGCCUUGGAAAAAGGGCAGCAGCAACAGUUCAUCUACCAACUAAAGUAGAGUGUUUGGAUGGAAUCACCAUUAAAAUGGCAGCUCUGGGCUCAGAGCACUCAGUGGCUAUUACUGAUGGUGGUGAGGCUUUAAGUUGGGGGCUAGGAGGUUCUGGAAGACUUGGUCAUGGCCAUGAAUCAAGCGUUUUUGGGUUCUUCAAAAGCAACAGUGAAUACACACCAAGGCUUAUCAAGAAUCUCGAGGGGAUUAAGGUCAAAAAUGUAGCUGCUGGGUUGCUGCAUUCAGCGUGUAUUGAUGAAAAUGGCUGUGUUUUUAUAUUUGGUGAAAAAGUGGCAUAUAAAGUGGGCGUUGGGGAUGGGGACAAUGCAACAGCACGGGUCAAGAUUAGCAAACUGCCAUAUUCAGAAGAAGUUUCAUGUGGUGGUUAUCACACAUGUGUUCUGACAAGUAGUGGGCAACUAUAUACGUGGGGCUCAAAUGAGAAUGGCUGUCUUGGUAUCGGUUCUACAGAUGUAUUUCAUAUACCUGAAAGAGUUCAAGGUCCUUUCUUGAAAUCUCCUGUUACCAAGGUUUCUUGUGGUUGGAAGCAUACAGCAGCUAUUUCUGAAGGAAAUAUAUUCACAUGGGGUUGGGGUGGUUCUCAUGGAACAUUUUCUGAAGAUGGGCAUUCUUCUGGCGGACAAUUGGGUCAUGGAAGUGAUGUCGACCGCAUAGAACCAGCGAUGGUUACAAUCGGAAAGAAUGUGAAAGCAUUACAAAUAUCAUGCGGGUUUAAUCACACAGGUGCAAUUCUUGAAUACACCUAAGCUUUCUCUGCCCUAAUAUCAGCUCCAAGGUAUUAUACCUCAUAUUCAUUGCACAAAAGCAGUUCAGAUAUUUUUGAUUGCCGAUUGCGGAUUACAGUCAAUUUGUUCAUUCAUCUUAUCAUCGACAAGUGAUUUGUCACCAAAUUAGCAACCACAUGUUUAAGCUCAUCAGGACUCUAGAAAGACACAUCAUAUGAAAUUCCUUAAAUAAGUUUCACCAAACCGAUGUAUACAAGUACUUGUGAGUAAAAGGUCCAUCCAUACAAAGGAUCUAAUGUAUUCAUGUCAGCCUUACAGUAUGUAAACUACGAAAAAAAAAAUGUAUAUGCUCUGAGAGUAGCUCUAUGUAGUCUAGGUAUAUUUUUCCUUGAGAUAAAAGGAAAAGAAAAUUUCCAACUACAUGAGAGAAAAUGCGUGUAUACAUGCUUUGAAUAAUGAGGUUCAUCCCCCUAGUUUGAGCUGUAAUAUGAUCAAUGGAUUUUGUAUACAAACUAUGGCUUCUAGUC